GCAAAAUAUUCAAACCAAAAGUAAAAAUUUCAUCAACAAAAAUUACGGAACAUAAAAAGUAAUAGAAUGACAAGGGAUAGACCUCUUGAUAACUUAACAUAGCAAGAUGGCGUUGACAAUAAGUGAUAUGCUGCACACUGUGCAAAGGUCUAUACAAGAUCUGAAGCAAACACAAAGUCAGGUUACACAUAAGAUAAACCAUGCUCCCACAGCGACGAAUGAAAUAAGUAGACUUGAAGAAAUCGAAACUCGUUUGAUGAAAGUUUAUGAGACUAAGAAAAAAAAUUCAGCUCAAUUGCAGUUAAUAUUAGAAUCUGUUGGAGUACUAACAAAGAAACUACAGACUGUUUCUAUGAGUAUUGAUGAUUAUAGAACAAAAGAAAAUUCAAAAGAUAUGCGGCAAAUAGAAUGUCAUCAAUUACCGAUGCAAAUAGAAACAGACGGUUCAGAUAUACGAACUAUUGACAAUUCCACUGAACAAUUAGUUGAUGAAUAUGAAUCUAAAGAAAGGCAAGAGCAUCAUCCGAAUUUAAAAGAUUCAGCAUAUUGCCAUGGAAAACAAAAUGUCAAUGUUCCGCAGCUUCCAAAUCGUUCAGAAACAGCAAAAGUUUCAAAAAAUUCUUCUACAGGUACUUUGAAAUCAAAAGACACGGUAGUAAAAUCCCAAACAGCAGAACAAAUAGUAGAUAAGAAAAAAGCAAAAAGGAAAUCAAAGUAUGGGUUUAGAUUAUGCAGAACUAAUGAUAAUCUAGACAACAGAACGUUCUGCCACAAAAAGAAACGGUGUUAUCAAGGAGAACUGUUAUUUCCUAAGAUAGAUAAUCAAGUAGAAGAAGAACCAAAGCCUAAUAUAGCCCCUGCAGGUUUAGAAGAAAGGUCAUAUAGAGAGUCUGGUAGAGAAAAUGGACGUAAAAAGAGAGGAAUAAUGACCAUGGCACAAAUGACAGAAAGAGAUUACGACAAUGAGCAGAACGUUCAUUCAUUAAUAGAAUGGGCAAAUAUUGCAACGCAGUCACAAAUGGAAGUUGCCAUGAAAUUGAUGUUGAAUGUUGAAAAAUUGAGUACUCAUGGUCAUGACUACAUGCUUCUUCUAGACACAUCGGAAAGUAUGCAAGGAGAUAAAUUUGACUUAAUGAUAAAAACUGCCACAAACUACAUCGAAGGUCUGCAUCGAGCCAGUUUGAGAUAUAAUUUUAGGGACAAUGUCGGUUUAACAUGUUUUGGAGCAGAAACUAAGUUGGUUCUUCCGCCUCUAGCAGAUUAUGACGACAUCAAGAGAGAAAUAGGAAAACUGAAAGCAGGUGGUCCAUCCCCUUUAACAGCUGGACUUCUGAUGGCACUGUCUGGAAUAAGUCACUGUGGUACCACGCAGAUUGUUAACCACGACUUCAAGCCGUUUAUUAUUCUGAUAACAGAUGGGAUGCCUACUCGCGUGGAAGCUCCGAAUGAAGAAGACAGAGGCAGUGGUAGUGCUUUAGCAGUAUCAUCUUUACUGACUAAUUUAGAAAGAGACAAAGAAUUACAAAAAGUAGUGAAGGACAUUGCAGGGCGAGGCAUUAGAAUAUUCUGUGUUCCAAUUGGAUCAGCAAACACCGAUAUAAUGCGAAGGAUAGUUACAAAAACACGUGGUAAAAUGGUUCCUGCUGAACAGAUACAUCGUAUUUGUAAAAAUACGCAGACCUUAUUCCACGCAUCAGAAAUUGCAAAUCAGCUGGGAACCGCAACAGAAAUUGACAAAAAUAGUGUUAAAACAGUCGUUCGUUCAGCAGAUCUCCAGGACUUCGAUGAUUUUGAUGACGUCACAGACAAUGUAAUGCUCUUACUUAAUCCUAUGACACAAUAUAGCGGGUACUUUAAGCAAAGUAAAUGCCCACAAGUACAAUUAGGACAACGUGUUCGGCGUGGACCAAAUUGGCAAUGGAAAAAUCAAGAUUCAAAUAUGGUGGGAACUGUUAUUGGGGAAGAUGAUGAUGGUAUGAUUUGGGUGGAAUGGGACAGUGGUCAUAGAAACUGUUACCAGUAUGAUGAAAACGUCAAAGUGUUUCACAUUAAACCAGUAAAUGAACCAAGAAGAUUGGUAGAUGAGUUGAUUGCUGUGGGAUGCAAAGUUGGAAGAGGUAAAAACUGGAAACACGGCGACCUGGAUGGUGGACGAGGCAGCAGAGGAACAGUUUUACGUGUGGAAUCUGACGGUAAAGUUGUGGUUUAUUGGGAAAGAGGUAGACUUGGCAUUUACAAGUUUGGGAGUGAAAACUUAUUUGAAGUGGAAGUAUGUGAUGAUGGUCGAUCAUUAGGCUCACCUGAUAGUGAUUUAAUAGAGGAUGCGGAGAAUACCAGACAGGAUAUGAUGCCAGAUUUACCACUCAUUCUACCUUCUCAUUUAAAUAAUAUGAAACCCGUGACGUCAGUCUGGCAGUAUCAGAACAGUGAUGGACAAUGGAAUUCUUAUGACGAAGAAACUAAUGUAAAGAUCGAACGUGCUUACAACAGAAAACCGAAUGGAAAAUGUAUUAUAGAUCUAGACAAAACCGUGCAUGUGGUACUGUUUUCAAAGAUGGUCCAAGAAAACCAAAUUGACAAAAGCAUAGUCCCUGUUCAACGUUUAGAUAGAACCAAAGAUAUCCAAGAAGAAAAACAAUAAACACUCGAAACUGUCUUCUCGAUUAUUUUGAUGCUUAAUAUUAUUGUAAUAUAAGCCAUGCAUUGUUUUGUAUAAUAACGUUGUGCAAUAUAUUAAUGUAACUUUAUAUCUGAUAAUGGUGAUUUAAAACAAUAAAAUAAAUGAAGAGAA